UACUGUAGGAUCUAUCGAUGCAACGGAUUUCCAAAAAUCAGCCUUUAAUUUUAUCCACCUAGGGUUUCUUAGACCGUCUCGUGCUGGUAACCUGAUCCGACACGAUUCGGCACCGCCACCUAGGGUUCCCGACAACCUCACUUCCGGCACCGAGAGAGAUAGAGAGAUAGAAGAUCAAUGGGAGUGCCGGCGUUUUACCGAUGGCUUGCGGAGAAGUAUCCUAUGGUGGUAGUGGACGUGAUAGAGGAGGAACCAGUGGAGAUCGAAGAUGUCAAGAUACCCGUCGAUACGUCGAAGCCGAAUCCAAACGGACUGGAAUAUGAUAAUCUGUAUCUCGAUAUGAAUGGCAUCAUACAUCCUUGCUUCCAUCCAGAGGACCGCCCCGGCCCAACAAGUUUUGAUGAGGUUUUCCAGUGCAUGUUUGAUUACAUUGACAGGCUUUUUGUCAUGGUACGACCUAGGAAACUUCUUUUUAUGGCUAUUGAUGGCGUUGCACCAAGAGCUAAGAUGAAUCAGCAGCGUUCUAGACGUUUCAGAUCAGCUAAAGAUGCAGCAGAUGCGGCUGCUGAAGAGGACCGAUUGCGGCUAGAAUUUGAGAGGGAAGGAAGAAAGCUUCCACCAAAGAAGGAAUCAGAAGUUUUUGAUUCAAAUAUUAUUACUCCUGGGACUGAGUUUAUGUCUAUUCUGUCUGUAGCACUGCAGUACUACAUUCAUCUGAGGCUAAAUUAUGACCCUGGUUGGAAGCAUAUAGAAGUUAUACUUUCUGAUGCAAAUGUUCCCGGUGAAGGGGAGCAUAAAAUUAUGUCAUAUAUCCGCCUUCAACGAAAUCUGCCUGGUUUUAAUCCUAAUACUCGGCACUGCUUGUAUGGUCUGGAUGCAGAUUUGAUCAUGUUAGCUCUGGCCACGCAUGAGGUGCAUUUUUCAAUUUUGAGAGAGAUUGUCUUCACUCCUGGACAGCAAGACAAAUGCUUCUUAUGUGGCCAGAUGGGCCAUUUAGCAGCCGAUUGCCAAGGAAAUGCCAAAAGAAAAUCCGGUGAAUUUGAUGAGAAGGGUGAUAGCGAUGUAGUUGCAAAGAAACCUUACCAGUUUCUCAACAUCUGGACUCUUCGAGAGUAUUUGGAAUAUGAAUUUAGAUUGCCUAGUCCUCCCUUCGAGGUGGAUUUUGAGCGAAUAGUUGAUGAUUUCAUCUUUAUGUGUUUCUUUGUUGGAAAUGAUUUUCUUCCACAUAUGCCAACGCUGGAAAUCCGUGAGGGCGCAAUAAAUUUACUUAUGGCUGUUUAUAAGAAGGAAUUUAAUGCCAUGCAGGGCUAUUUGACAGACUCAUGGAAGCCGAAUUUGAGCAGAGUUGAGCAUUUUAUUCAGGCAGUUGGGUCUUAUGAGGAUAGAAUAUUUCAAAAGAGAGCUCGCUUACAUCAGCGUCAAACGGAAAGGAUCAAACGUGAAAAAGCACAAGCAAGGCGAGGAGAUGAUAUGGAUCCUCAAGUGAACCCUGAUCAGAUAGUGGCUAUAAAUCGCUACAAGGGUUCACGUCUUGCUUCUGGGGCUUCCCCUUCCCCAUUUCAACAGAUCCAGUCUUCUUACAAGUCCCAUAAUCCACAGCUUAGAAGAGAAGGCAGAGAAUCUGGGAAAGCUACUUCAGAAAUAUCUAAGUUUAAGACCAACAAAAGUGUUGUGCCUGAGAAUGCAGGUGUUAAUGUUCGAGCACAAAAGGUUGCUCGCAUUUCGACAGAGGGUGCAACUAUUGGGAGAGCAAUUGUUGAGGCUGAGAACAGUCUUGAAGUCGAAAUGAUUGAAAACAAGGAAGAGCUGAAAACAAAGCUGAAAGGACUGUUACGGGAUAAAUCUGAUCUUUUCAACACUGAAAAUCCAGAGGAAGACAAGGUUAAACUUGGAGAGCCAGGUUGGAAAGAAAGAUACUAUGAGGACAAAUUUUCUGCCAAAUCCCCUGAAGAAAUUGAGCUUAUUAGACGAGAUGUUGUUUUACGGUAUACGGAAGGAUUGUGUUGGGUGAUGCAUUAUUAUUAUGAAGGUGUUUGCUCAUGGCAAUGGUUUUACCCCUACCACUAUGCACCGUUUGCUUCUGAUCUCAAGGGUUUGGGCCAGUUGACUAUAGAAUUCGAAAUUGGCACUCCUUUCAAACCCUUUGAUCAGCUAAUGGGAGUGUUUCCAGCUGCAAGUGCCCAUGCUCUACCAUUGCAUUACAGGAAAUUGAUGAGUGAUCCAAAUUCACCCAUUAUUGAUUUCUAUCCCACAGAUUUUGAGGUUGACAUGAAUGGAAAGAGAUAUUCUUGGCAGGGUAUUGCUAAGCUUCCUUUUAUCGAGGAAGAUCGUCUGCUUGCUGAAAUUAAGAAUGUACAACAUACUUUGACGGAGGAAGAAAUUCGGCGGAAUAGCACUAUGUUUGAAAUGCUUUUUGUUAAUGUGUCACAUCCUCUCUCUCCAUAUAUAUUCUCUCUUAGCAAUCAACAUGGACAACUAUCAGAAAAAGAUCGAGCUAAAGUAAUAGAAAAAAUUGAUCCUGUUGCCAGUUGUGCAAUAUACAAAUUUCCAGAUGCUCACAAACACCUUACUCAACCACCGUCAGGGGUUGUAUUCCCUAAAAAGACUGUUACUAUGGGUGAUUUGAAGCCGGCGCCUGUUCUCUGGCACGAAGAUACAGGCAGGAGACCCUUUGAAAAUGGAAGGCAAAACCCUCCAGGAUCUUUCUCCGGUAGACAACUUGGCGACGCAGCUCAUCGUUUAGUCACAAAUAGCUUGCAAAUUCGAACGGGAAGAGAGCUCAAUGAUAUUGAGGCUAGAAGGCAGGCUCAUCCACCAUCACAUAAUCCACAUUCUUCUGCUUCAUUUCCACAUCCAAAUGGAAGGCAACAUUCAUUUGAUGUCAGAGCAGAGCAACAUUCCGUCGGCCAGUCGCAACGGUACGGUGUUGUUUCUGCGUCAACUUAUCGUUACGAGCGACACGAAAAUCGUCAAUUCGAAAGAAAUGAAUAUGGUAGUAGACCUCAAGCUCCACAGCACAGUAGACACUGGGAGCAAAGAGCCCCUGCUCCAAGCCACCUACAGUAUGGUGCAUCGGCGUACCCCGUCGCCGCAAGAAAUGUAGUCCAGCAACCUAUUCAUGGUAGCUUCCCUCCACGGUCGGGAUAUAGGGAUGACUAUGGUGGUUUCCGUGCGUAUGGACUCCAGCAGCCAUGGAAUCCACAGUAUGAUCCUAGGAGAGGACCUUCAAGUCAAGCUCCUGUGGGAAGAACAAAUACUAACUUGCAGCAAAUGGAUAAUAAUAGGUAUGUUGUAUUAGAUAGAGGCUAUAACAGGAGGCCGACGCCUCGGCCUCCGCCGCCACCCGGCUAUGGCCAUUACUAGAGAUUAAUGAAGGAUAUGACCAAUUGCCUGCCUGAAGCACAAUGAGCAUUAUUCAACUUUUUUUUAUUUAAGAGGGUUUUAGCAGAACUGGAAUGUAACAUUUGACUGUAAAAUUUGUAUUUGUAACAUUUGCUUUUCUUCAAUUGGAUUUAUUAUGUCAAUUUGAUUUUGGAUAGACCUAAUGUUUAUAAAAAAA